AUGGCUGGGCGAGGAGUGGCUGGCAAUGGCUGGGAGAGGCUGGGAUGGGAGUGGCUAGGAAUGGUUGGGGGAAAAGUGACUGUGAAUGGCAGGGAAAGGAGUGGCUGGGAAUGGCUGGAAGAGAAGAGGCUAAAAAUGGCUCAACUCCUCUCCCAGCCAUUCCUAACCAAUGCCCUCACAGUCUCUCCCAUCCCCAUCUCCCCCAGCCAUUUCCACCCACUGCCCUCCCUGCCUCUCAAAGCCACUCCUACCCCGGACACACAAAGGCUCUCCCAGCCAUUCCCAGCCUAUCCUAGCCACUCCCAGAUUCUCUCCCAGCUAUUCCCAGCCAUUCCCCUCUCAGCCAUUCCCAGCCACUCCAGAUUCAGCUAUUCCCAGUCACUCCUCUCCCAGACAUUCCCAGCCACACCUCUUUCAGCUAUUCCCAGCUACUUCUCCCCCCGCCAUUCUCAGCCAGUCCCCUCCCAGCCUCUCCUCCCCCAGCCAUCCCCAGUCGCUCCAUUCCCAGCCACUCCUCCCACAGCCAUUCCCAGCCUCUCCCAGUCGCUCCUCUCCCAGCCAUUCCUUGUUACUCCUCUUCCAGCCAAUGCCAGCCAUUCCUCUCACAGCAAUUCCCAGCCACUCCUCUCCCAGCCAUUGCUAACCACUCCUCUCCCAGACACUUCUACUCCAGCCAUUCCCAGCCACUCCCCUCCUUGCCCCUCCCAGCCAUUCUUCCCCCAACCAUUCCCAGCCUCUCUCAGCCACUCCUUUCCCAACCAUUCCCAGCCACUCCUUUCCCAGCCAUUCAUAGCCAAUCCCACCCACUACUUUCCCAGCCAUUCCCAGUUACUUAUCUCCCCGGCAGUCCUCUCCCAUGCACCAUUACUAGCUAACCCUAUCCUAGCCACUCCUCUUCCUGUCAUUCCCAGCCACUCCUCUCUCAGCUAUUCCCAGCCACUCCUCUCCCAGCCAUUCACAGACACUUCUAUCCCAGCCAUUCUUAGCCACUCGCAGCAACUCCUCUCCCUGCCAUUCCCAGCCACCCUUCUCUUAGCCACUCCUCUCCCAGCCAUUCUCGGCCACUCCUCUUUCAACCAUUCCCAGUUACUCCUCUCCCAGCCAUUCUCAGCCUCUCCUCUCAUAGCCAUUGAUAAACAUUCCUCGCCCAGUCUCUCCCAGCCACUCUUCCCCCAGCCAUUCCAGCCUCUCCCAGCCAACCCCUGCCACUCCUCUCCCAGUUUCUCCCAAACACUCCAGCUUCUCCCAGCUGAACCCAACCAUUCCUCUCUCAAUCUCUUCCAGCCAUUCCAAGCUACACCCCUCCCAGCCACUCCUCUCGCGGCCAUUUUCAGCCGCUCCUAUCCCAGCCAUUCCCAGCUACUCCUCUCCUAG